GUAGUUAAUUAUUUUACCGCAUUCAACUGCAGUUCCCCCUCCACACACACUCACACACACUCACGGCGAAAAAAGAAACAACCUUCACGCGAACAACACCUGUGCUUUGUGGAAUACUUGAGCUUUUCUUUUUCUUUUCCUAUGUGAAACGGGAAUAUCGUCUGAGAGGACUCUGGAAAUGCCGUGUGCUUUAAAUACAUUUGGAUGGGGAAAACGGAGUGGCUCCGCGAAAGCCGUCGGCGGGGAUAGAGAGGAGAAAUGCAUCCUGGAAUGAAAGCAAUCUAAACCCUUCGACGGCGAUUUCUGUGCACAUUUCCAUCACUUGCCCUGUAUGUGGACUGUUUUUCCCCCGCGCGAGCGAGUGAGCGAGCAAGCAAGCAUUCCCUCAUCCGAUGGAUUUUUGCCUUCGCAGCUCAGCAGAGGGUGUUAGAUCUGCCAGUGAACACCGGGCUGAAAAGUCCAGAAUCUCUCAGCGACCGUCUUUGUGAUACAAAAGCGUUGAACAAAGCCGUCGGAGUCCGAGGAAGGAUGCUAAAGAUGUAAGAAUCUCGGAUUAAUUUUACUGUGAUUCAUUGAGAUGUACGCGGUGUGAUUUCAGCACCACGGGAGAAAGAACAGCUCCCGCGCCGUGGAUAUGUGAUAAAAGCACAAGGUCAGUGAUUUGCGAGCCCGUAAAGCCAAAUAAUUGAGUUGAAGAUGUCAUUCUGUACACUUUAAGAUUGUUUUGAGAGCAUGCGAUGGGGAGGUGAUGAAAAAAAGGCUUCUUGCUGUCGAUUUUUCUCAAUCUGGACAUAGAGAGCUGAGCAUGGAUAUAAUCACAGAGUGUCCUCUGCUUUUUUAGACCGGAGAUUUAUCUCAUUACUCGCCCUCUUGCUGAUUGUAUUCAUGUCUUGAUGUCGGGCAUGAUUGUGUCGUAUUGAAAAUGCUGCUUUGGAUUGUGUUGCUGAAGGCGGCUCUUUGUGUAGCUAUCGGGAAUGUUACAAGGGACGUCUGUAAGGAGCAGAUCUGCUCCUGCAACGCAAUAGAAGGCGAUUUGCACAUUGACUGUGAGAAAAGGAGCCUCACGAACCUGCACCAUUUGACAGGUCCGAGCUCCCAGUUUUACCAUCUCCUGCUUCACGGGAAUUCUUUGUCCAGACUGUUCCCCAACGAGUUUGCUAACUUUUACAAUGCCGUGAGCUUGCAUUUGGAGAACAAUGGCUUGCACGACAUUGUGCCCGGUUCAUUCCUGGGACUGCAGCUCGUGAAACGGCUGCACAUCAAUAACAACAAGAUCAGGUCUUUCAAAAAGAACACCUUUCUCGGUUUAGACGACCUGAAGUACCUUCAAGCCGACUUCAACCUUCUAAGGGACAUCGACCCGUCUGUGUUCAGGGACUUGAGUAAGCUUGAAGUUUUGAUCUUAAACGACAACCUUAUUAGCGCUCUUCCCAUCAACGUGUUUCAGAACGUGCCCAUCACGCACCUCGAUCUGAGAGGGAACCGAAUAAAAACGUUGCCUUACGAGGGGAUUCUAGAGCAGAUACCUGGCAUCGUGGAGGUUUUAUUGGAGGACAACCCGUGGGAUUGCAACUGCGACCUGGUUUCCCUAAAGGAAUGGCUAGAGAACAUCCCCCAGAACGUGCUCAUCGGAAGGGUCAUUUGCGAGGCGCCCACUCGGCUGCAAGGGAACGACCUGAACGAAACGGCCGAGACGGAGCUGUGCCCUUCAAAGAGCGGCAUGGAUUCCAGCCUGGUGGCACCUCCCACCCAAGACGAGACUCCCGACCGCGGCCCCCGUCCCACGCCCUCUAAAACGAGCGGGGUGACGGAGUCCCACAGUGGUGGGAGAGGGCAUGACAAGGGCCGUCCGAAAGCCAGGGAGAACUGGCAGCUGAAAACGAAGCCCACGGCCAUCGCGACGGGUGCCGUUGAAAGGGAGCCGCCGGCUAAUUCGACAUGCCCUCAGUCCUGUGAUUGUAAGCUGAUAGGAACUAGACAAGGGCUUGGGGUCAACUGCGAGGGCAAGAAGAUAGAAAGUGUAGCUAAUCUCAAACCCAAACCCCUGGGCGCGCACGAGUUAAAUCUGCGUGACAACAACAUUCACACCAUCAGAAGGAACCAGCUCAGAGGCUACCACAGCUUGAAUUUGCUUGAUUUGGGGGGGAAUAACAUCAAGAUGAUCGAAAAUGGCACCUUCCACAACCUGACCGAGUUGAGGUGGCUCUACAUGGACAAGAACUACUUGGACACGUUAAUGGCGGAGAUGUUCGUUGGACUUCAGAACCUGGAGUAUCUCAGUUUGGAAUAUAAUGACAUCCAGCUCAUAAUGCCGAGCACCUUCAGCCCGAUGCCCAACUUGAGGGUACUCUUCCUCAACAACAAUCUGCUCAAAGCUCUGCCCGUGGAUGCAUUCUUGGGGGUUUCUUUGUCCAAAAUAAGCUUGCAUAACAAUUAUUUCACAUAUCUCACUGUGCCAGGCGUCCUAGACCAGCUCAACUCUAUCAUCCAGAUCGAUUUGCACGGGAACCCCUGGGAUUGCACGUGCAACAUCGUUCCCUUCAAACAGUGGACAGACAAGCUUGGGGCAGACGUCAUCGUGAGCGACCUAAAAUGCGAGUCGCCCGAGCAGUUCUGGAAGAGGGAUUUCCGGCGGAUCAGGAACGAUCUGAUGUGCCCUCAACUCUACGAGAAGAUCUCCCCCACCUCGCUGUCCAAAAACAGCACUUACCCGGCAGACACGGGGACGCGGCCCAACUCCUACCUGGAGCCUAGCAGAGUGUCCAUAUCGGUGCUCGUGCCCGGUCUGCUCUUGGUUUUCGUGACGUCUGCCUUCACUGUGGUGGGAAUGCUGGUCUUUAUCCUGCGCAAUCGAAAGAGAUCGAAGCGGAGAGACGGCAACUCUUCUGCGUCAGAAAUCAAUUCCUUACAGACAGUAUGCGACUCGUCCUACUGGCACAGCGGAGCUUAUCAUGCGGAUGGGCCACACAGAGGUUACGACUGUGGUGCCCACUCUCUCUCUGACAAAUGAUGCUCACAGAGAAACGGGCAAGCAAACGGAUGAACUGCGUUUCGUAUGUUGCGGUGACGAAGGAGGGCGACACACAAACAUUAGACCCAGACUCGCCUCUGUGGGAAAAAAAUAGCCUAUUUUUGUUGCUUCGGUUGAGUAUAGCGUCCAUCAAACACUGCAAUGGGGCCCCCACUGUUAAAUAUGUAUAGAGCCUCUCUCUCUUUCUUUCUCCUCCCAGCUCAGACUGCAGACACGCUCAAAAGAGGACAUGGGAACGGUGCACGAACGCAUGAAUGUAAUGUAAAUAACGGACUGUAACAUAUCUGCAUGAUUCGCAUGGUCUCAACACACACUGGGAACCAUUACCAUAGUAACAAGGAAGCCAACGCGAUCCUCCUUUCGUGUCAUCAAU